UCUUUCAAACAACACUAACACUUUUUCAUCGUAAAUGAAAUGGAUGAAUUGCUCAAUCACUCAGCAUUUAGGUAUUCGAGUAAGUGAAUUUUCAUCAAAAACCCCUAUCUCUCUUUUCAAUUCUUCAUCAUCACCAGAAAUUUGAUUGUGAGUAUGGAGAAGAAGUUGAAGAACGAAAUGGGCGACAGUGGUGGUGAUUCCAAACAAGUAAUGAUGAGUAAUUCUUCUUCUCUUUCCCUCCCUCAUGAUACUAUUCUAUAUGAUAUACUCACUAGAAUACCAAUUGAUAGUUUAAUGAAAUUUAGAUGUGUAUGCAAAUCAUGGUCUAAUUCAAUUAUUCAUGAUCCUGUUUUUAUCAAUUUACAUUUACUUCGAAGCCCUAAGAACCUUGGUUUCAUCUGUUUUCCUUCGAAUUUUAAAGAAAUUGUGUUUUUGACUGAACCUCCCGAAGUAGUUGAUAUUGAAAAAGAAAUUGCUCGUCUUGAGGCUGACAAAAAAGAAGAAAAAGAAGAAGAAGACGAUGAGGAUGAGGAUGAGGCUGAUGAUGAUGAUGAUGAUGAUGAGGAGGAGGAGGAGGAGGAGGAGGAGCAGCAGGAGCAGGAGCAGGAGGAGGAAUCAAUUGAUUAUUUGGAUCGUCCUGACGAAAAAAUCGAUGACAAUGGUAUCGUAUUCUUUGAUCUUGAUAAGAAAGAAAAGAAGUUUUUUCGUUUCGGAAAAGAAACUCGAUUAGUUGAUAAAUGUCUUAAGAUUCAACACUCUUUAAAUGGUUUGGUACUACUAUCAUUGCACGGAGAGGAAAUACCUAGUCUCCAUGUUUACAAUCCAGUUACAGCUUAUGAUUCAGUCAUGGAAAAGUAUAAGGUGGUUCUCUGCUGUUGUGAUGGUGGAAACAGGAUAAAGGAGUACUCAUGUAGGGUUAUUACUCUUGGCGUUGAAGGUGGUGAUUCAUGGAGAGCUGUCGUUUUUCCGAAAGAGUGUCAUUUGCCAGAUGUUGCUAGUUGGAAAACGGUGUUUGCAUAUGGUUCUUUGCAUUGGUUGGCUAAUGUUCCGGGUAAACCACAUUUGGAUGAGAGUGAGGUUGAUGAGGAUGCAUGGGAUCAAAGGGAAAUAGUUAGUUUUGAUGUUAGUGGUGAAAGAUUCCACACGAUACAAUUCCCAAAGGGAGCUUCAGAAAAAUGUACUACUAUACAUGAGAUGGAAGGAUCACUCUGCUACAUUGAUCAUAUCUCAGACAAUGAAUUGUGUUUAUGGGUUUUGAAGAAGGAUACUCAACAGCAACAAUAUGAAUGGACAGAGAAGUGCAGUUUUCAUGUACCAGGAAUCCUGGGUCGUUUCUGGUGGGAUCGUGGUAUUGCAAUUGUUACAUAUCCUAGACUUAAAAUGAUAUACGCGCCGGCUUGGAUGGGUGAUGAAGACCAUGCCGACAUGUAUUGGAAUUUCCACUGCUAUGAUGUGCAAUCAAAACAGUUAGAGACUAUGUUUGAGGCAAGUGAAAUGAGGGUUUUCUUGCAUGUGAACAGCUUGGCAUACUUUUAAUCCACUUUUUUGGGUACUAAUCAAGAGAAUUUUACUGCUAUGUUUUUAGUUUUGCAACUUUCGAUAUAGGUAGGUUUUUGUUUUCUCUCUUAUAUUACUGCAUUGACGUCUUCAUUCAGACAUGAUGUGUUUUCCAAUUUUUUAGACUGAACAUAGAUUUAUUUUUCUUUAAACAUUUCAUUUUUGCUUCUUCAUUU